UUCCAGCCUGAGCGGGCGGGAGAGGAAGUGCGGGGCGGGGGGAGACGGCGCAGAGCGGCAGGGACUUUCCGUCGGGCUGGCGGUCGCCUUCGCCGGGCUCCAGCUGCCGCCCGCCGCCCCGCUCCCCUCACACGCUCGCAGGCAGGGGCCGAGCGCGCUUCACCCGCAGCCUGUUGCCGGGACCUUGGCGGCGGCUGGUGCCCGGGGAUAGAUCAGCCCCCGGCGGGGGCGGCGUGGACUCUGCCUGCCCGGACGCACUCGCACUCCAGGGCUUUGCAGAUGAACCUAUGACUGACUCAUAAUUUGAGAACUGCAGUGGCUUGUAAAAUAGGAAGCAGGAAAGCCUGAGUGCUUAGGCUUUAACUGAAUCAAGACCAGCUCUCAGCAGUGGGUGACAAUAUAUUAAUCCAUUGGAAGCACAGGCUGCAGUCUUGCGUGUCACUGUGGUUUGUGUUGUGAAUUUUUUUCAUGUAAACAGACAGUGGAGAAUUAAGCAUUCUGUGCAGGAUGACAGCUGGGAACACGCUGCCGAGGUGGGCCCUUGGUGCUGGUCUGCUUAGUGUCAUCUGGGAACACCGCUGCUCUGGCACUACGGAAUAGCUGCUCAGAUUUGUCAGAGUUCACUGGCACUGUUGGACUCUGUGGGCAAAGAAAGAAACCGGGCAGACUAUAGCAAAGCUCCCCUUAUUGGCAAGAGUAAAGAGAACUCUAACAGAGCAUUGAGAAAGCCUAUUCUCCUUUAUCCUCAAGCUGCAGAUCAAAUGAGAUUCAAAUAAAACAAAGGAAAAAAACUAUCUUAGAGCAUGGACACCAGUAAGAAGACAGAACCCCCUUUAUCUGUGGAAAUGGUGCAACAAAGGGCCAAUCCUGAUCGCAGUCCUUCAGCAUCGAUUUAUGUUCCAGAGCAAGGUGGCUACAAAGAGAAAUUUGUAAAUGCUGUGGAAGAUAAGUAUAAAUGUGAAAAAUGUCACCUCAUCUUAUGCAAUCCUAAACAGACUGAAUGUGGACACAGAUUUUGUGAGACCUGCAUGAAUGCCUUGCUAAGUUCUUCUAGUCCAAAAUGUACAGCGUGUCAAGAAAGCAUAGUAAAAGAUAAGGUAUUUAAAGAUAAUUGUUGCAGGAGAGAACUACUUGCCCUUCAAAUAUACUGCAGAAAUGAAAACAAGGGCUGUAAAGAACAACUGUCUUUGGGUCAAUUACUGAUGCAUUUGAAAACUGAUUGUCAGUUUGAAGAGCUCUCGUGUCCUCGUGCUGAUUGCAAAGAAAAAAUACUGAGAAAAGAUUUGCCAGACCACGUAGAGAAGACCUGUAAAUACCGGGAGACAACCUGUAAAUACUGUAAAAGCCAAGUUCCAAUGAUUAUGUUGCAGAAACAUGAAGAUACAGACUGCCCUUGUGUCAUGGUUUCAUGUCCUCAUAAAUGUAGUGUUAAAACACUCAUGAGGAGCGAGUUGAAUGCACAUUUGUCAGAAUGUAUUAAUGCCCCAAGUACCUGUAGUUUUAAGCGUUAUGGCUGCACUUUUCAGGGAACAAACCAACAAAUUAAAGCACAUGAAGCCAGCUCAGCAGUGCAGCAUGUUAACUUAUUGAAAGAGUGGAGCAAUGCUCUAGAAAAUAAGGUGGCCUUGCUCCAGAAUGAAAGUUUGGAAAAGAACAAGAGUAUACAAACUUUACAUAAUCAGAUUUGUAGCUUUGAAAUAGAAAUUGAAAGACAGAAGGAAAUGCUGCGGAAUAAUGAAUCUAAAAUACUUCAUUUACAGCGAGUGAUAGACAGUCAAGCAGAGAAACUGAAAGAACUGGACAAAGAAAUCCGUCCCUUCCGACAGAACUGGGAGGAGGCUGACAGUAUGAAGAGCAGUGUAGAAUCCCUCCAGAACAGAGUAACUGAGCUGGAAAGUGUUGAUAAAACUGCAGGGCAAGGAGCUCGAAAUACAAGCCUGCUAGAGACACAGCUGAGCAGACAUGAUCAGAUGCUGAGUGUUCAUGAUAUUCGGCUGGCUGACAUGGACCUCCGAUUCCAAGUUUUGGAAACUGCCAGUUACAACGGAGUAUUAAUUUGGAAAAUUCGAGAUUAUAAACGUCGGAAGCAAGAGGCAGUCAUGGGGAAGACUCUGUCCUUGUACAGCCAACCCUUUUAUACUGGAUACUUUGGCUACAAGAUGUGUGCCAGAGUUUACCUUAACGGAGAUGGCAUGGGAAAGGGGACGCACUUGUCGCUGUUUUUUGUCAUAAUGCGUGGAGAAUACGAUGCGUUGCUUCCUUGGCCAUUUAAACAGAAAGUGACUCUCAUGCUAAUGGAUCAGGGACCAUCUCGACGCCACUUAGGAGAUGCUUUCAAGCCAGAUCCAAACAGCAGCAGUUUCAAGAAGCCAACUGGAGAAAUGAACAUUGCAUCUGGCUGCCCAGUCUUUGUGGCUCAAACUGUUCUAGAGAACGGAACGUAUAUUAAAGAUGAUACUAUUUUUAUUAAAGUCAUAGUGGAUACAUCAGAUCUACCAGACCCCUGACAUAUGAUGGGGGAGGCGGAUUAAACAGAAGACAACUCCGUUUGGGGGUUUUAUAUCAGUUUGUCUUCAAUCAGAGGUCCUAAAGCUCACAGAACCACCUUGUGGAACAGACAGAAGAGUUUGAAGGCAUAACUGCAUAGGGUCCAAUUGCGAAGUAGCAACACAUUAAGAAAUCAUACCAUGGUAUAUUUUUUAAUAGAACUAGCAACACUUAAGCUCUGAAGAAUCACUUAUCCCUCAUGAGGAUAAUGAUUAUGGUCAGAGAGGAUUUUUUUUUAACUUAUUAAUGAUCUAGUCAAUUGGAGGUGAAAAGACAUACAGUAUGUGCUGAAUAAAUUACUGACUUUUAUUUCUUUAAGCUAGAAUACAAAAACAAAAAAAAACUUCACGUGGGCUAGCUGGAAAUUGUCAGCAUGUUAAAAGAAGAAAUGAUGAAGUAAUGUUGCAAUUAUGAUAUUAUUUGAAAAACUGAGGUGCAAUCUUGUCUGAAAUAUAGUAUAUUGUCUUUUUAAGGCCUCAUCUGGUCUCUGUUUUAAUAAUUACUUUGUUGGAAGAUCUUGGAAAAGUAUCCAUGUCUUCUCAAAAGUAUCUGAAUCAAAAUCAUAUUUUUAUUUAAAGUUCUAUUGUUACAGAAAACAUUUUAUUUUAAAACUGUUGAUAGACUGAUAUUUCUUGGAAGAAAAAUAGAAGAUAUCAAACACUGGUUAUCACUUGUGAUAGGAAAAAAAACUAUUCAAUUCUGUUAUUUCUCUUUAGAAAUGUAAACCUACAAUAUAUGUCGUAGUUAAUGACACUAUUUCAAAAUUAAGGAAAAAUCACUCAUGGAUGCUGUGCAUCAUUAUCAGAUUUAUAAUUGUUUUCACCCUAAAAUAGGGCAUUUGUUGAACUUUGGAGUUCUAAACGGAAUCCUGUACAUUUUUUAAAGUUCUGCCCCAUGCUUUCCAAUCAAGCUAUAUAUGUUGCACAUUAUGCUGUCAGCAGUAUAUAGUAUUUUCAGUAUUGGGGAGGAGGAUUAGUGCUGAAAAAAGCCUAUAUGUUUGUUCUGUACUAGCAGCCAUUGCUUCUAAAGGACAAAUCAGCAAUGUCUUAAUACAGUGAUGGUGGCUUGCAUGCAUACAUGUGCCUUAGAUGUGCCGUGCUGCUUAUAAACCAUAGCUUUUUAUUCAGAUUAAUUCUGAUAUCUGAAAUGGUAGUUUAAAAGGACUUCAGGCAUAAUGUUUAGCCAUGUCUUCAGAGCGCAUAGGUACCUUGCGAUGUACAAAAUAGAAGCCAAAGCCCAUUUCUUUGACUUCUGGAGCUUCUAUGACUUGGCCAUGGUAGAAUCCAUCUUAUUCAGGUGCCAAAACGUUAUGCUCAGUGCUCCUAUGGAGCUUGGACUAGACAGUCCCCAUGGCCACUGUGAAGGCAGGCGACAUUUUUCCUCUAAUGCCUGUGGUUGUAAGGUGGUAUCACAUGAAAUGGACCCAUCUGAGAACUCUGGGGGGCUGCGAAUGUAUAUGCUUAUGACAGCUUUUCAUAGCAGGCAAGCAUCCUAACAGGGAAUGCACGGGCUUCUUUCUUAUAACAGCCUGAACUGUAGUGGAAAGCAUUUGCUAGCCCUGAAAUGUGCUGAUUGCAGCCUGCUGUGUUCAUCUGCUUCUAAUUUAAUAGCCUGUGACAAGCAAGUCUAGAGAUAGCCUGACUGUGGUGCUCUUUAAAAUCCAAGAACCACUUAAGCAGAGUGGACUUGCACCACUGUGUUUUUAGCCUUUGUGGGCUUGAAAGAAAACGUUGCAUCUCAGCCUUUAAUGUCAGGUUCAAUGCGUUUUCUGCUUUUUGAGGCAUAGUCACAAUUUCUGUCUAAGGUGCAGUUGAAUUCAUGCCUUUGUAUUUCAGCUUGUCUUUGCCGUUGUCUUUUUUGGCUGUGCCUUCACACACAGUGCCUGCAAGAAGUAUUUAUUAAUAUACAAUGCAUGCUAAGUGGUCUUCAUGGGUUUUCCAGGCACCUGCUAGAAUACUGCCUGCUGCUGACUGUCGCAACUGUCAGCAGCAACUUGUCUUCCUUUUCUUGCCUUCCGUUGUCCAGGUACUGUACUCCCUUUAUGGUACAUAGCUGUCAACAGGUGCAAGCUCAAAUAUGGAGGCAUGUGCUAGCAUUUAAUUUCUAGCAUGGAAGGAGGACGUUCUGCACAAGAGAUAAAUAUCUAUAGAUAUACCUGCAUCUAUAUCUCUAGAUAUAAUUAUAUGGCACUUGCAGUUUUAUGCAGGCUGCAUAAGCAAACCCAUCACUUAUGCUUUAGGGCGAAGGUUCGCUCAACUUGUGUCAUUUUAAUAAUUGUGAAUGUAGGCAGCUGAGCUUUUGUGUUUGUGCAUCACAGAAUUUUACUGAAAACAGGAUUCCCAAGUGGAAAUGUCCAAAGGACUCUCCUCCCAUUGCCAAUGCAUGUCUUGUAAACUUAAAUGAAACCGUUUGGCCAUCUCAAAACAGUUUAUAUCCUGUUUCAAUCUGGGACUUGGAGGAGAUCUCUAGUAUAAGCAGGGCCCAGCAUAUUCUGCAGAUUUGUGACUACAGUUUCCAACUCCUGUGACAGAAUUGUGCUUCUAAAUCCAGGCUCUUUAAAAGAGGAGGAAAAAAGUGUUUCCAGCCUUUGUGAUUGAAAGAGAACUUUGAAACACGCGAAAAGUGUAAACUAAUAGGGAAGUCUUCCUGAGUCUGCGCACAGCCUAAACUAGUAGCUUUAAGAGAUCUGAAUAUCUCCUCUUAGUGGGAUAUUGCCUCAGAAACUUCAUAGAGAAGUUUAAAUAUGAACACUGCUAACUAUAUUAAUGCCGAUCACUGUAGCAGAAACAUCAGUCACUGUUGUAUUUCACAGAUCUCUAUGCUGCUUUCCACAUCUCCCAAGUGCCAAAAGCACCAGCUGCCAGAAUCUUCAGCUUCACUUGGGCAGCUUUUAUAAUGCAGUAAUGUGCUAUCGAUAUAAAAAUAUUUUUGCAUAUAUGCUUUUUAUCACAGUUAAUAAAAUGGAGGCCUACUGCACUUAUUUUUUAAAAAUACAUGAAGCUGCCAGAGAAUUUCCAGUUUGCCAACCCUGCGUACUGUGAAAUCCAGGAUCUUGCUACACAAAUGUAGACACCGCCUGCUGUGGAAUACCUGAAGCCUUGACUGUAACACACCUUUCUCCGCAGAACUCGCAGGCCAUCUCUGUAGAGUUCUUACUGUGUACAUAGAAAUCGGUUUCCUCUGCUUUCCGGCAAGGAGUAUGUAGCAUUUUGUGAAAACAAGGCCACUGUAUAUUCUCUAAAUUGAAAGGAAAAGAUAGCUGGUGCUUUACUCAACACUUAAAUAAUUUAACUUUUUCUCUCAUCAUUGAAAUGCCCUUUAUCCUUUUUUUCUAUAUGUUCCUGACCCAGAUAUCCGAAGUUUUCUAGGGACUGUCUGUUUAAAGUGAUUCAUAGGGCAACAGUCUGCCCCCACAUAUACUCCUGAAUCCCAGCUAACUCCUGUGGUAUGCCAUUAUUGCAAGGGGGUCCCAGAGUAUUUGCAUUACUUUGAACAGAGUUUCUUCAAUGGAAUCUUUUUUUCCUCUGCUUAGUAAUUCUUAGCAGCACACAACUGAAGUCUCUUGCUGGUAUUCUUUCUUAAUGAUGACGCUCCAAGUUAUGUACAAGCCUCUUCCGUUUCCAGCUUUCUCUAGGGAGAUUCCAGUGUGUGACAAUCUGGAUGUUGCCCUUUUUGUACGCUCUUCAGCACAGGGUGAGUGCAUCUGUUACCUAGAAAGUCUUGAAUUUUAAACAGGAUGAAACUAUUUGGGUGUUUAAAGACCAACCUGUGAUUAUGAUGCAUGACCAUGUCUGCAUUACUUUUCUGAUCUAAUUAAAGGGGUCUUGUUUCAGUUACUGUCUACAUGGUACACCUUCAACUGCUGACUUACAAUAUGCAAUGUUGAUUUCAGCCUUGUACUGUAAAUGUUGUUCUUCACAAAGAGAAUGUGCAAUAGGAGAAGGGGAUGAUGGGUGGCAUAAUUUUGAUGGAAAAAAAAUGUUGUGGGUAACAUGCUAGCUUUCUUUAGAAAUACGAAAUACAGUCUUAUUUCCUUUUUCUGUGGGUUUUCCUACUUGGAAAAGGAAAGUUGAAGAUAUAUGCCUGUCUCUGUGCCUGGUGAAUUUCUCAAAUGCAAAGGUAAUCGAGAUUUGUGUUAGUUGUAAUUUAAGUGUUGAACCCAUGAAUGUUAGGUUGUGAUUGUAUCGCUUGUGUUUCUUGGCUUGCCACGAUUCUGGCUUGUUGAGAUGGAGUUUAAAAGCUACCACCUAUUUGUAUCUGUAUUCCAUCACGUGGGAUAGGCAUUUCACCAAUAAUGCAGGGUUUCUGUUGUUGUUUUGUUUUAUUUUUAAAACACGGGUGCUGUUUGGUCCAAGACAGAGAAGCAUGUAGGGAGUGACAAGAAAAGUUGCCUGCACCACAGAAGAGUGAAAAAUGUGACUGUGGUAUUGAUGCCUUGAUAUGAUUUAACUAUGCAAAUAUACAAAUAGGUGAGGGGGAAAAAUUCUUGGGUUGCAUACCUAAUCUCUUUGGUUUUGCUCUGUAAAUUACUCGUACAUGUGUAGGUACAUACAUAUACGCACAGACAUGCAUGCACAUAUAUAUGCAAAGUCUUUUCUUUACAUAGAAGUGAUGAAACAACACCCUUUCCCCCAAGUUAUACUUGAUCAGUUGGUGCAAAUAUAACUUGCUGCUGCUAAGGGAGGAUCUUGGCUAAGGGCAAACUUUGGGUUCACAUCUUGCAGGUUUGAAGACCUGUAUAUAGCAAACAAACAGUUUGUUUAGCCUUUCUGAAGACCUUGGAAUGUCACCUAGGACACAGGUCCUUCCUCAUACUCCGCUAAUUUGGAGAUUCCUGAAUUUUAAACAAAAAUAGUGACGGGCAACUUGUUAAUUGCAAAUGCUUUCCUUUAAUUUGGGAACAAAGAUAAUAAAAAGCAGCUGGACCUCUUCCUGGAGUUCCUAUCCUGUUGAGUCAAUACCUCUAUAUUCUGGUUGACCUAGAAAUCAUAGCUACUGCAAUAAAAGCUAUCGGUUUGGGAAUUCAGUCAGAGUAGUUUUUAGUGCUAUGUACAGCAUAGGAAGCACUUCACAUCUGCAAACAUGUUCUUCUUCUAGCAAGUGCUGUUUUUAUUUUCUGGAAAAAGGAAAUCAAGGAUGAGAUGUGAAGUGACUUGCCCAGAGUCACAAAGGAAUCUCCUGGAGCCGGGACUGAAUGAGAGGUUCCAGUUCCCUAGUGUUAUCUUCAAAUCACUAGAUUUUGCUCUUUUAAUACAUUUGUCCCUUAAAGGAACCAACAAACAAGUUGACAUACGUUAAAGACCCACAUCAGGACAGUAAGGGCUAGAAUUAAACAUACAAGCUGUCAUGAUUUGGGGUUGUACAUGUGUGGUAGCCCAGACGUUGCUCACUACUUGGCAGUGCUUUGCACGGCCUGCAGAGUGGAAGGCCAGCGCAAUGUGUCGAUGUAAAUAAUAGCAGCAAAUGUGUGUCCUGCUCUAUUUGUUCAGAAUCACCCAACAAAGUCAGUCUCAUUUGAUGCUCCUCUUAACUGAGGAGGGAGAAUACUGUUUUAAAUUGAAGUGUGUUCAUCUUUGUUCUACCAGCCUGUAGCAUGACUGACCAUUUCUUUCUUGUGGGGCUUUCUCCUGUUUUCUUUAAACCAAAAUAUGGAGGGCUUAAUUGUUCUUUCCUGCCUCUUAAUCUAGGCUUUUGCUGAGUAGCACCAGUUAGGAAGGUUGUGGAAAACUUUGGACUGCUGAUUCAGGGACAUCCUCUUAAGAUUUAGAAGAGUAGAGAUAUACAACGUGUAAGGGAUCUGACUAUUCCUAUUUCUCUUCUAAUUUGUGGUCAAGACUGCAGCUUCUGUCUUCCAUUUCAUGAUCUUAGUAUAGAUACUAGGCUGUGUUUGUUUAGGUUUUUUCCCUCCAAGUUAGGAUUAGUUCCUUAGGGUUCGAAUAAGUUCUGAAUUUCACAGAGGAGCACCUGAACCAAAAUCCUGGAUCCAAACAUCCCAGACUUGACGUGGAAUUCAAAUCUGGAUCCCAACUCUGUGGCUUACUAACCUACCCAUUUAGGGGAGGGUUUCUUGUCUCUAUGUGGUGUUUGUGUUUUUGGUCCUUUGGAACUAAGCUUUUAAUUUGGUUGCCAGUUCUGCAAGGACUUUUUAACUUCUUAGCAAUGCCGGUGUUCACACGCUCCAUUGCUGGCAGUGUGAUGCGUAGUGAUAAAAUUUGACUCUGUCUAAGGGUUACUGAGAUAAACCAGCAUUAUCAUUCGUAAAGGUCAUUUUCUUGCAUAGUGUUGUGAGCUUUGGAUUUGAAUAUAGCUCACAUAUGAAAGGACACAUCUUCCAACUAUGACCUGCGUCACUGGCAGAGAGUUGUAUAAUCUGUACUUGUGGAAUGGGAAGGUACAAGCUUCCAUCGUUGCUGAUGCAUCAUGUGAUCCACCUAUUUUGUUUUUCUUAUAGCUGUUGUUUGGUUUAUAUAUUUUUUUCAGUUUUAUAGAAAAAAAAAAAAGAACGGGGGAAGUUCAGGAUUUUUUCUACAAG